CUCAACUUCACCCAGACCCAGGUGUUCCAGUUUCGGUUGAAGUGCUUCUCUCCGAGGAUUAGCCCCUGAAAUAAGUCCGUAUCAAACAAAUCAUGCUGACCGCCUGCCAAGUAGCGCUGCUCGCUGGAUGUCUGGUUCUGGCCGUGAGUUCGGUUCGGGCCCAGUUCUUCUACCACCAUCGGUUGGGUCUGCCGGUCGCACACUCCUACGAACCGGCCAACCCGUACCAAGGAUAUGCCACAGCCGAUGCCCAUCCCUCGGUGGUUAGGAAUGCCCAGUGGGAGUCGGAGUUGCCGGCCGAGCUAUCGAAGAGUGCGCGAUUCUACAAUGAUCCCGUGAUCGCCGCCAACCUGGCCAAGGAAUCCCUGCUAUCGAAGAAGGAAAUGGCCGUUGUGCAUCGCGAGGCUGAGAAAAUUCCGAGGGAACAGGUCUACAAGCUGUUCAAGAACGCCGGCUACCUGAGUCGCAGAUAGAAAUCUCAAA